AUGAGGGCUUUCGCGGCAGCGCGCCCAUUGCGCUUCUUUGUUUUUGUGCCCUGGUGGAGGGAGCAGUUGGUCCCGCUUUGCCGCGCCUUUCCCCGGUUGCUUGACGUGAUGGUCACCCUGGGGCUCUGCCUCUUGGCCCUGGGGCUCAUCGGUGUCAUGGGGGUGGGCGGGGAGCUCCACCAGCGCUGCUACAUCACAAAUACCACCGCCUCUAGUCCGUACGAAAAACUGACGCUACCAUUUCUGUUGCGCAACAUAUCGGCAGCCUGCGGCGUGGGCUUCACGUGUCCCACCGUCUCUGCGGAUGUGACCGUGCAGUGUCUGGCCAUCGCGCACGUUCGCCGCGAUCGCUUCUUCACGUACGACAAUGCUGGGGCCGCGCUACUGCUCAUGUCCAAGGUGGCAUCGAUGGACAUGUGGUUUGAAAACCUAGAAGAUAUCAUGAACGUCAGAGGCGCCGGCGCCGCGCUGUAUCUCGUCGUCGUCGCCCUCGUCUCUCUGUCCCUCUUAGCACUCCUCACAAGCGUGGUGCACAGCGCCUACGCGCCGGUCGACACGUGGUGUGCGCCGUCCUUUGCUGCGAGGGUGGGCCCAGCAGCACGGCAGCGGCGGGACUGCGGCGUGCAGACACCACCAGCAUGGCCGAAGAUGCGACAACACUGCUCAGGAAGACCGACGCACGCGUGCCAGCGCACGGACUCCAUGGAGGACAGGGGAGAGGUGGACGGGGAUGUGCGGAGACGAAACCCGCUGAGUGGCGACGGUGGCGGUCAACAGGUACCACUAUACGCCUCGCGCAUCCUCGCGGAGGGCACCCUUGUCGCGCGUGAAUUUUCCCGUCACUCGCGUAACUUUAUGCACGAUCUUCACGCGCUGGGAUUUUGGGCAGCGCUUCGUGCUCUCGAGGGCACCACCACCGCUGGCACUGGUGGCGCACCCCUGCUUCCUCUCAUGGCGUCUCUGGUGGACAGCGUCCCAUUUGUGAUUCUCCUUCUCGUGCUCUCCGUGAGCAGCGUCAUUCUGCUUGCAGUGGUGUCGACCUCCACGCCCGCCUCGGUGGCCCGCCUUCUUCACACGAUUUCUGCGUGGCUGGCGGUCUUGUUUAUCGCCCCCGUCGUGCUCCGGCUCAUGGCCUUUGGAGUGGUGCGGGCGUCGGUUGAUGUCUGGAACUAUGCGGAUCUUGCCGCCGUUGUGAGUGGCGUUCUCGAGCUGGCUGCUCCCUCAUUUUUUAAUUAUCGUGUUGUUGGCGCGGUGCGGGUGCUGCGCUGCGUCCGCGUUGCCAAGUACCUCUGCCCGCUUUACCGGUACGAGUACCGCCUAAAAAGUCUCCUCAGUCUUCUCCUCCUUACAUCCGCGACACUUACACUGUAUGCAUUGCUGGGCAUGGAACUAUUUGCGGGCACCUACGACGCAGGAGCAGCACCGGCGCCGAUCCGAAACGGAGACUUCAACACUGCCUGGACCGCGUUGCUUGCUUGCUUUCGCGCCUUCACAGGAGACAUGUGGACGCGUUACGUGGUCGCGGUGAGCGAGGGCGGCACCAUCGCGACAGGAUCGCUAUUCUUUCUCUCGCUGCAGCUCUUCUCCCGUGUGAUGCUUUUUGCAUUGGGCAACUCCGCUAUUAUUCUCGGGUCAUGCAACGCGUCAGGCGACGAGGACGAGCUCCGCAGUAAUGCGUUCCCGCCGCUGCUGCUGCUGCCUCCGCUGCAAAACGAUGAUACCACCGCCGUGGACGCCGCUGUUGAUACUCCCAAGGGUGCCAGUGACCUCUCGCUGCCACCACCCGCUGGUACCACAGCCGAUCGGUGGCGACGACGUCGCGAUGUAGACCGCAAGGCUCCUGAGCUGGUCACCGAGCAGCACUUUUGCGUACGCGGGGACGCCUUUCUGUUCAUCGGUCCUAUGAGCUCCGUGCGUCUCCUGCUGCUGCGCGUACUUGGAUCCUCCUUCUACGCACUCAUCAGCACAGCGUGCGUCGCAAUCGGCGUCAUUGCCCUCUUCUUUGAGCGACGCCACCUCGACGCCGACACAGAACGCACGCUUCACCUCAUCAACAUCGUCUGCUUCGUGUUGUUUGUCGUGGAAAUGGUGAUGAAGUGGGUUGCCUACGGCGUCCUAACACAGGGUUUGAGCGACGGCGAGGACCCCUACCGGGAAGCCGGCCUGCGGCACAUGCCGGCCUACUUUCGGUACCCGCUCAACUGGGUCGAUUUCGCCGCUAACGGUCUCUCCCUUGCAGCCAUUGCCUACCCGGCUCUCCGUGUCGGUCGGGUUAUCCGCACAGCCCGUCUCUUCACCACACAAGAGCGCCCAAACAAGUCGUUCUUGGAGCUUGUGAAGCUCUUGCGGCAUACCGUGAGGGUCGCCCCACUCAUCUUUUUCCUCUACGUGGCGUUUGCAGUGGCCGGCAUGCAGAUGUUUGCCGGCGGACUCUUCCGUUGCAACGACGCCGCCGUCACCGAUUCAACCGAGUGCUUUGGGGACUACAACACCACCGUGAUGGGGUACACCGGCUCGACAACGAGUGUGCAGAAGCGGAGGUGGGUACGGGCGGGUUUCCAUUACGAUGCUUUUGGGCCCGCGCUCCUCUCGGUGUUUUCCAUGACGACGGCGAAUCACUGGGGAGAUUUCAUGGACGACGCCAUGGCGAUCACGAGCACGACGAUGCCCUACAAUCACGCUGGCUACUAUGCCGUUUUUUUCAUCGUCGCGCUACUGCUCAUCCGCUUCUUUGCUGUCCGUAUAAUCGCGGCAGUCUUCAUUGCGGAGCUGCGGCACGUCAUGAUGGAGUCUCUGGGUACGGCGCAGCGCACGCCGCACCAGACCCGAUUUGUUGUUUCGCGCGCGUGUAUUGCCCAUCUGACGCAACUACAGCCUCUCCUUCCGCCGUUGCCCACUGCUGGGAGCCGACUAUGUCACCGCAUCCUCUCAGCCCAGCCGGCCCACUGGCCGACCACCGUCUUCAACGCUGUUGUGCAAGGCGGGCUCGUGGUUGUGUGCGGGUUUGUGGCUGCCACUCACGCUGCCGAAUUGCUGUGGCAGAAACGGAUGAUUGUGACGGUGAACUGCGUCGCGGUGGCGUUAUGCGGAGCGGAAGUGCUGCUGGGGAUGUUGGCCUACGGUGUGCGGUACGUGACUCGGGCGUCGUAUGCGGCAGAUGUGGUGAUUUUCGCUCUCAUGGUCAUCGGCGUUGCGUCGCCAUCGCUGCGCUUCGUGAGCGUGGUGAUCUUUGUGAAGCUGAUCAAGGCCGCCAGCACGGGCCUCGCGCUGCUGCCUGCCAUCCGCCAUAUUCGAAUUUUGCUUAGCUCCGGCGCGCUUGCUCUAUUCGUGCUGUUCGCGUACGCAGUGGUGGGCACACUACUGCUUGGCGACAUCGUCCCUGACGGCAUCUACCUGACCGACAGGCGCAACUUCAGCACUGUAAUCGGGUCGCUGCUGGUGCUGUUGGACUGCAGCACAUUUGACCAAUGGCACCUUGUCAUGCACGCAUGCUUUGACGGGGCCGCGUGCCACAGCGAUGCCUCAGCCACGUGCGGCCACACGUACAGCGCCGUGAUAUUUUUUGUCUCAUUCAUCGUCAUCGAGAGCCUCGUCGUGAGCCAGCUCAUGCUGGCGUCGGCCGUGGUCGUCUUCGCGGUUCCUCUCUUCACCGACGUUAUUCAACCUUUUGUAGAAAUGCGGCGCACCUGGCAGAGAUGCGUCGGCGCCGGCGAGUCUGCGUGCGACUUCGACAAAUUUCUGACUUUACUCCCCCGCUUCCCGGUCUCACUGACGGACGGCGUUACCAGUGAGGCGUCCAGCAAGGCCGGCCUCAUUGCUUUUCUCUCCUCGCUGCGCCUUCCUCUCGAUGAGUACCUGAGACUGCGCUACGCAGACCUUCUUCGCGGCUUUGCGUACCGGAAGUACAAGGUGGAUAUGGAAGAGGACCGCACCCGCUCGUCCGCGCGCGAUCGACGGAUGUGCCUCACCGCUGGUGAGUACUAUGGUCAACUGCUGCUGCAAAGGUACUGCGACGAGAUGUCUCGCCUGGCGCAGUCCAAAGUAGGCGGCGCGCGCGCGCUUAGCACUGGGACGCCGGCGGCCUCGCCUCCGCAUCACGACGUUGGAGAACACGACGUGCUCCGCAUCCACGGCGACGACACGCUCGUUCCCAAGGGCGCGCUGCCCAUCCCAAGCUCCAACGUCUUUCUCUACACGUUCCCCGGCGAGAGCAACGAGGACAGCGUUCCCCCCUCCACGUCGUAG